GCUGCUCCUUGAUAGGUCGACCCUCCCGUACCCUCGACUCCACAUCCCACUUCAUUGCGCUCGCCGGGUGUCAAUCUCGUCUGUAAAACCCUCCCCCGAGAUAUCAAAUAAGCCGUGUGGCGCUCCAGAUCCUGCACUGUUUGUCCAGACGGCAUCCGCUCCAUUCAAACACUGAGUGCGUCUCUGCCGCCGUGCGUUGAGCGCAGACUGGAGAGAGAUGACAAGAGCCCCGCGGAACUGGCCAGACAAACAUGGAUCUCCAUAAAACGCUGAUUUCGGUGCUUUGGAUAUUAUUUCUGAACCUAGAAGAAGAUUGUCACGCCGAGGAAGUGGUCCUGCUAAAUUCUAAAGAGACUCAGGCAGAGCUGGGCUGGACGUCCUACCCCCCCAAUGGAUGGGAGGAGAUUAGUGGUGUAGAUGAGAAGUAUAAGCCUAUCCGGACGUACCAGGUGUGCAACGUGAUGGAGCCCCUGCAGCAGAACAACUGGCUGCAGACCGGCUGGGUGACGCGCCGGGGUGGCCAGCGCAUAUUCGUGGAGCUCCAGUUCACGCUGCGCGACUGCAACAGCAUCCCCGGUGUGGCGGGAACGUGCAAGGAGACCUUCAACCUCCUGUACGUCGAGUCGGACAGGGACCUCGGGGGCGUGACCCGAGAGGACCGCUACACCAAGAUCGACACCAUCGCUGCCGAUGAGAGCUUCACGCAGGGCGACCUGGGCGAGAGGAAGAUGAAGUUGAACACGGAGGUGCGUGAGAUCGGCCACCUGAACCGCAAGGGCUUCCACCUGGCUUUCCAGGACGUCGGCGCCUGCGUGGCCCUAGUGGCCGUGCGAGUGUACUACAAACGCUGCCUUGCAACUGUGCAGAACCUGGCAGUGUUCCCCGACACGGUGGCUGAGGCGGCCUUCGCCACGCUGGUAGAAGUGCGUGGCACCUGCGUCAACAACUCUGAGGUGGACGCCGACAGCCCUCCCAGGAUGCAUUGCAGCGCCGAGGGGGAAUGGCUAGUGCCCAUUGGGAAGUGCAGCUGCAGUGCCGGCUACGAGGAGGGACACAGCAGCUGUGAAGCGUGUCCCCGUGGCUCCUACAAGAUGUCCUCCAGGCAGCAGGAGUGUUUUCCCUGCCCAGCCAACAGUGUCGCAGAGGAGGAAGGAUCGGUGGUGUGUGUGUGUGAGGAGGACCACUUCAGAACCCCCCUGGACACACCGUCAGCACCAUGCACAAGGCCCCCCUCCCCGCCGAGAGACUUGGUCUACACCCUGAAGCAGUCCACGCUGAUCUUGGAGUGGGAUGCACCAUCCGACACAGGAGGCAGGGUGGACCUGACAUACAGUGUGGGUUGCCGUAGGUGUGUCGGGAGGCAGUGCGAGCCAUGCGGGGCGAGUGUAGGCUUUGUGCCGCAGCAGGUCGGCCUGACGGAAAGAACGGUGACCGUGGUCAAUCUUCUCCCCAACACCAACUGCACGUUCACCGUCGAAGCCUUGAACGGAGUGUCAGAGCUGCUGCCCAACAAGCGGUUCUACACCCAGGUCAACGUGUCUACAAGCCUGCCAGCGCCGUCUCUGAUCAGCGAGUUGCGAGCGGAAAAGAUCGAGCAGAAGAGCAUCACCUUGGUGUGGAGGCAGCCUUCCUACCCAAACAGCAGCCGCACCGAGUAUGAGGUCAAAUACUAUGAGAAGGAACAAAAGGAUCAGAGUUAUUCUACUGUGAAGACAGCCGCCACACGGAUCAGCGUCAACAACCUCAAACCUGGCACCACAUAUGUCUUCCUCAUCCGCCCUUUCUCCACGCCGGCCCCCUCCUCAUCCCUGUCCUCCUCCCCUUUGUCUGCCUCCUCGUCCUCGUCUACUUCUUCUUCAUCGUCCUCCUCAUCGUCGUCCUCCUCGUCUCCGCUGCCCAUCGACUACGGAGCUUACAGCGCUCCCCUGGAGCUGCAGACACUUGGCGAGUUGGCACUGGCGUCCAGCGAACAGAGUCCGGUGGUGAUCAUCGUCGUCGUGUCCGUGGCCGCACUCAUCAUGCUGCUGUCCAUGGGGGUUGGCCUGCUCAUCUGGAGGAGACAAUGUGGCUACAGCAAAGCUUCUCAAGAGGGAGACGAGGAACUUUACUUCCAGUUUAAGAUCCCAACACGGAGGACCUACAGUGACCCAGAGACCUGCGAGGACCUGCUGCAGGCUGUGCACGCAUUUGCCAAGGAGCUGGACAACUCGAGCAUCAAGAUAGAGAGAAUUGUGCACACAGGCGAAUUUGGGGAGGUGUGUCGCGGCUGCCUGAAGCUGCCCAGUAAGAGGGAGCUGCCGGUGGCCAUCAAGACGUUAAGGGCCGGCUGCUCCGACAAACAGCGCCGCUCCUUUCUCAGCGAGGCCGGCAUCCUGGGGCAGUUUGACCACGCCAACAUCAUCCGGCUGGAGGGUGUCAUCACCACAGGUAACACCAUGAUGAUCAUAGUGGAGAGCAUGACUAAUGGAGCUUUAGAUUCCUUCCUCAGGAAACAUGAAGGCCAGUUGAGUGUAAUGCAGCUGAUGGAUAUGCUGACAGGUGUGGCAUCGGGGAUGAAGUACCUCACCGAAAUGGGCUUCAUCCACAAACGGCUGGCCGCACACAAGGUACUGGUUAACUCCAACCUGGGCUGCAAGGUAUCCGGCUUCAGACCUCUUCAGGAGGACAAGAUAGAGGCCAUCUACACCACACUGCAUGGAGGGAAGAGUGUGGUGCUGUGGACCGCUCCGGAGGCCAUCCAGUACCACCGCUUCUCCUCGGCCUCAGAUGUCUGGAGCUUCGGCAUUGUCAUGUGGGAGGUCAUGUCCUACGGAGAGAGACCCUACUGGGAUAUGGGCAACCAGGAUGUGAUCAAGGCCAUCGAGGACGGUUUCAGGCUGCCGGCUCCAGUUAACUGCCCUCCACAUCUCCAUCAGCUGAUGCUGGACUGUUGGCAGAAGGAGAGGACAGAGAGGCCCAGCUUCAGCCAGAUCCACUCAGCCCUCAGCAAGAGCAUGCGCUCCCCCGAUGGCAUCGGUUCCUCCACAUUGGCACGCAGAACCCUGAGUUCAUCCAUUACGUUAGCAGAGAGGCCUAUACAAUCCUUCCCGUCCUUUAACUCAGUGGGGGAGUGGCUGGACGCAGUGGACAUGGGCCGAUACAAGGACAACUUCACUGCCGCAGGAUACUGCUACUUGGAGUCUGUGGCGCGAAUGACAGUACAAGACGUACUGAGCCUUGGCAUCACUUCCCUUGAGCACCAGAAGCUCAUACUGGCUGCCAUCCAGACCCUCAGAGCCCAGGUCAUCCAAAUGCAUGGCCGCGGUGUGCAGGUCUAACAAACAGUCGACACGCCUGCUCUCACCCUGCAGCUGCAGAACCACACGUGUGUGCAGACGGAUGAUGGGGUGGAGAAGAGGAGAGAGAGAGAGAGCGCUCUUCCAAGCUGAAGGAAAGAUGAGCAGAUCUUUCAGCUAGCUGCACUCUGUCUACUCCUCCUCCCCAUACGUUCUCAUGCCUUCCUCGAUUCCUUAUUUCCUUAUUUCUAUGAAUCCCCUCAGAGACGAGUUCCUGUUGCGAUUGGGGGGGUAAAGCGAGUAUGUAGGUAGAGUGAUGUCACCUGACUUUUUUUUUUUUUUGUGACCUCUAUACUUCAUAUGCUCCAUCUCACUUUUUCUGGAUCACUGCGUAAAAGACAGAUGAAGUAUCGUCUCUAGCAGGACGGGCUCUGUCUGAAGCUGAGCCGUGGGAGAGAGGGGGGGGGACACACACAGAUGUACUGCGCUGCAAACAAGACGGUUAUGGACUAGUGGUCAAAGGAGCAGUUACAUUUUGGGUGGAAUUUCCAUUUACCACAACAUUCAGUCACUUAAACAAUAUGGCCGGGAACUAUUUCACUGGCCUUGGAUCAAAUGACUCCCCUCAGAACUGCCACAGCUGAUACAGAAUCAUAUCAUUGUACGUCAGAGCUGGUAAAGGAACAUUUCUGAAGAUUUAACUUUGCUGCAGUAGCUUAAGAAGUCUGCUGUCCAAGGUCAAUUGUGAGGUUAGAAGAGGCCUCAAAAACAGGGCUAGCAUACAGCGUAGUAGUCUUAUAUAUAAAGUGUGCUGACGGGAUGAACACAGCUACAGUAGGUGAUGACAUACUGUACUUUGAGGAACGUCAACCUGCUAUUUUCUUUCUUCUUUGGGGGCAACUGAUGGUUAAACAAAAGCUGCAGGAUACAAUUGUAAAGGUCGAAAACGUGCGUUUGAUUGUUCAUUCAUUUGUUGUACGACGUUGUCCGUUUCGCUACUCUGUCAGAGUUUCUUUCUCCUCCUCUUUAUUCUCUCCAGUGGUUUUCUUUGUGCAUUUAAAACAUGCACACGACAUAAAUGUCCCUUGACCCUGCUGGAUGUCCUCUCGGUAACAUAGUCCUCCUCUCACAACCAUGUUUAAUACUGUAUAGAACACGGGCCAACUCUGGAAGAUGGCUCGUUUCAGAUAUUUAUCCAUAUUUAUUUAUGUUUACAGACUGUACCACAAACCUCUGCAGAGAAGAGGUGAAGAGGGUUUAUUUAACUUAUAGUAUUUAAAAAAAGGAAGAAAAAAAAAAGGUAAGCAAAGCAGUUGUGUUCUUGUUUUGUUUCUUUAUUAUACGACUGAGUUUAUACCUGAACAAAUGAGUUGUUUUGUACACUGGAGGGUUUUUACUGUCAGCACACAGUAUCUGUGUAUUCUACUGGAGUUUAGGUCCAUUUUCAUUGGAUUUGCUGUAUAAAUGACGGCGUGUGUGUUGCAGUAUGGAUACAGUAUUACAGAAUGUCACCGGACCUUUUUUUGCUCUCUUUGUAGCUGUUGGAUUAUUAUGUUUAAUUUUGCGUUGCUGUUUAUAUAAGGCUCAUACGACGUGGUUGCAUUUUUUUUCCCCCCAGAUAACUCCCAGAAUUCUCUGUGUACAGCGAUCUGCCCCUCGCCUUUUCUGUCCUAUUUCAAUACAGGAGACUUGAAGGAGGAAGUUUAUCGGGGCAUUAUUUGAUUAUCAUACAUUUUCACAAUAGAAGGUACGUUAAUUUUUUAACUGGAAUAUUGUAACUGGUUUGUAUUUGGUACAAAAUUAGUUUUUUUGUUAUUUAUCCUUGUACUCCCCUCUCUGUAACCGUUUUGUCAAAAAUAAAUAAACUCAUAUGUCCUUAUAGAUGUAAUCACGCACAUGUUAACAUAUCGGAAGAAACACUCUGAUGGUCCCUUUGACACACACACACACACACGCACACACACACGACUAAAAACACACACACAUGCAGUCACUGACACACAAACUGGACCUCGUCACCACGAUGAAUGAAACUCAAGUUUUUUCCCCUCUCUGUUACUGUGACCAUUAUGAUAUAUGUUUAAUACUGUAAAUAUGUAUUUGAAAAUGCUAAAUCUAUUUUUAUAAUUUGAAGAACAAUGUGUUGAAUAUAAUAUCUGCUCACUGUGUAAGGGUUUUAUUUGUUUGAAUUUAGGGCCAUAGCCAAGAAACGGUGUUUGGAAUAUAAAAUUGAAAAAAAAGUUUCUUUUUUCCGUUAGUUUUUUGAUGAUUUUUACCUGUUAGAAGAAAAUCGGAUGGCUGUUGCAAUAUUGAAACGUGUUAUUAAAAAAUCUCCAAUACA